UCCUGAAUUUUGAACGGUUCGGGCGUGCCGUAUUCUGUCGCGUUUUACGUCCGAUUCUCGUCCGAUUCUGUGCCGAACUCUUGAACGGAUCCCUUUUCCUUCUUGACUUCAUCCUUAUCGACCAAAACUAAGUAUAAUGGCUACGGAUCAGCGGAAACCACUCCCUUUCGUUGCGAAUUUCGCCGCCGGUGCCAUUGCUGGUGUCUCCGAGAUUUUGACAUUUUACCCUCUAGAUGUCGUGAAAACUCGUAUGCAGCUUGAGACCGGAAAGGCCAAGCAUGGAAUGGUUGGCACUCUAUCGUCGAUAGUGCGGGAAGAAGGUUUCGGCCGACUUUACCGAGGUUUGGUCCCGCCUCUUCUUCUCGAGGCGCCAAAGCGCGCGGUUAAGUUUGCUUCCAACGACUUCUGGGGGAAGACUUACAUGGGCUUAUCUGGAGAGUCUAAGAUGACACAGCAACUCUCUAUUUUAACAGGGUGCAGUGCUGGUGCAACAGAGAGUUUUGUUGUUGUCCCAUUUGAGCUUGUCAAGAUUAAGCUGCAAGAUAAAAGUAGUACAUUCGCUGGUCCCAUUGAUGUAGUCAAGCAGGUCAUCAAGAAGGAAGGUCCUCUUGGUCUCUAUGCCGGCAUGGAGGCAACGUUCUGGAGGCACUUCUGGUGGAAUGGUGGAUAUUUUGGAUGUAUUCAUCAAGUCCGUAGUAUGCUGCCACCAGCUGAGACGCAGCAAGGGCAGCUGUUCAAUAAUUUCGUUUCUGGCAGUGUAGGUGGCUUCGUCGGAACUGCCGUGAAUACCCCCUUUGAUGUCGUGAAAUCUCGCAUCCAAGGUGCUGCUAAAGUCCCCGGAGUUGCCCCAAAGUAUAAUUGGACAUAUCCUGCACUAAUGACCAUUAUGCGUGAGGAGGGUCCUGCAGCCCUUUACAAAGGCUUCUUGCCAAAGGUCCUCCGGUUAGCGCCUGGAGGUGGUGUUUUACUUCUAGUGGUGGAGUUUACACUUGGAGUAUUCCGGCAGGCCCUUGGUCCACCUUACCUAUAGAAUCUGGCAUUAGCGCUUAGACGC